AUGACCGUAGAAGGUUCAGGUUUGGCCAAAGAGGCGAGACUCUACGAGAAGUCCCUCAAAGCACCUCGCCCACAGUAUCCCUUCCCAGAUCUGGUAAACCCUUUCUCAGAGGCUCUUUUCUUAGAAUACUGCCAAUGGAUUGAUGAAGAUUAUCAUUUCGAAACCCAAUCCGUUCAAGACAGACAUAAACGACACCGGCUUUGUGAUAUCGCCUCCCGCGCAUUCCCAUGGAUGACAAUAGAGCAACUGCGUCCUAUAGCGCGGUUUACCCUUCUUCUCGCCAUUAUUGGCGACUUCAUGGACACCUCGAGUCAAGAAGAAAUUGAAGCUGCCACGCAGACAGUUUCCGCUCUCUUCACCGGUCUCGAGGACGUGGAGCCACCGCCAAGUUUUUACCGCCAGAUGUACCUGAUUCGACAGGAGGCGAUCACCUGCGGCAUGCCGGCUCAUAUGUACGAAGAGUUUAUCAGCUCCAUUCUAGAUCUGAUUACCGGGUACGGAGAAGAGAAGGAACACAUUGCUAAAUCGACGCCGCCGUCUAUGGAGGUCUACCGCGAUAUUCGACGGCAGACUUCCGGCGGCAUCUGCUACGCCAGGUAUAUGUGCAUGCAGAAGAAUUAUUGUGAUCUGCCCGAUAGUGUACUCCACCAUCCGACCAUACUGCGAACGCACAAUUUGCUGGGCACGCUGAUCGGUUACCAUAGCGACUUCAUCUCGCUACCUAAGGAGCUUGCACGGGGCGGAGACGUAAUGAAUCUCGUUACGGUUGUGCAGAAUGAGUCCCAGCUUAGCCUGGAGGAGGCGAGAGCGAGGGCAUUGGAGAUUCAUAAUGAGUCUUUGGAUGAGCUGAUUCGAUUACAGAAUACGUUGCCGGAUUUUGGAGAGUGGCAGAAUAUUGCGCGAGAGUAUGCUGAUGAUAUGGGGGUACUCGUGCAGGGCAUUUAUUCAUGGCAUAUUCAGAGUAGCAGUCGUUACGUUGCGGGGGCUCAUGCUGAGCCGGAGCAUCUUGCUGAUGGACAGGUUGAUUAA